UGAAUGACAGCCGCUGAUUUCAGGUUGUGUGACAUUGUGCCAGUGCGGGACAACUCAGCACCAAAGUGACUUACGUUACACAUAUGUGAACUGGAGGGGGUCGGAGACGGCGGGUGAGGAGGAGGAGGGGGGAGGAGGAGGAGGAGGAGGAUCUGCUCGCUGAGAUGCGCCCCGGCUUCUGGUUUUACGCGGAGAGGAGCGUGGCGCGCGGCUGUGUUUUCCCCCCCGAGAGGUCUGUGCGGUCUCGUGUGAGUUGGCUUCAGCGUGCUCUGCCCUGUGAGUGAAACUUAGCCUGAUCAGCUGAGCAGAGCAGCGACGCUUCUCACAUCGACACGGUUUCUUUGCACCGACGGUUUCCCGCAGUAAUGUGUUAAGACUUAACGCUCCUUUGCGAGUUGUAGGCCUGCUCCACCUGUAUCUACUGCACCUGGCCCGCCGCUUCUGCUUCUUCUUGACAAAACUUCAAGUUUCCAGGUGACGCAUGAUGUACACAAUUACAAGAGGUCCCAGCAAACUGGUCACCCAACGACGCACAGGACCUACACAGCAGCUGGACAACAAAAUAAACGACUUCAAGCACAAGCAAACGUCUUGGAGUCUGCCUGACCUCCCUGCACCCAAGAUAGUUUUCAAUCGCCUCAGCGGUAAGAAGUAUCAUCACCCAGCUCCGGCUCUCCCCGCAGACAACCAGCAGGAAGAGAGUUUCACCGCAGCGCACGAGGAAAACGUCAAGUUUGUCUAUGACGCCUGGCAGGAGGUGGUGCAGCAGGAGCAGGGGCCCAGCCAGGGUCCAGAGGAAGCCCAGGGAGCAGUCCACUAUAAAGAUACCACUCCCAGCCCACACAUGGACAACUUUGAGCCUAUUGACCUGGAUGAGUGGUGGGCUCAGCGCUUCCUAGCCAACAUAGACAAGCUGUCCUGACACUCUCCUGGGAUUUGUGGAUCUUGACAGAAGGUCAGGAGGUGAGACCUGAGGCAGAACGGCUCACAGAGAGGAUACCUGGGAGCAGUGAUGGGUCAAAGUGCCCUGAUAUGAUUCCAAUGGAUGGACAGCGCUGGGACGCUGACAUAGAAACCACAGAGAAUCGCCACACUUGAACUCUAUCCUUUUAACUCCAACCUAUCCAACACUCAGUCUGCUACAGCCUGGCACGCUGAUGGACAAUGUCUUGAAGGUGAGGUUUUUCUCAUCCUACCACCCUGAAAACUAAGAUGUCAUGCUACUUUGAAAUACAGUAAAAUUGUAUUUUCAAGAA